ACCGCCUGCGCUCGCAGAGAUCCAAGGAAUUCAACAGCAGGAGGUGACGUCAGAAUCCCGCAUUUUGCGGUUGAUAUGGAGUAGAACAUUUAACCCUGUUCCUAACUUUAGUUUUUCGGUGACUUUCCCCCCCCCCGCAAAAUACUUUCGUAUUAACUUCGCGAGAGAGACAUUGAGCAGUGAUAGCAUGGCAAGUUCGUCUUGUUUUUCUUGAGAUUGGAAGGCUCCUAGAUUUCUCCUCGCAAACAGGGGAAGUGCCCCCUGUCCUUUGUCUGCCUCGGGUGAUUUUAAAGUAUUCGACAUGGACAUUUACCGAUACAAUGGUGUUUUUAUGGUCAAAAGACUGUUUAAUAAUGCAGUUUUUGAGAUUUCGAACAUGUCAGACAUUACGAAGGCGAACCCUCAGGGAUGCGAUAACGGGGCUUUGACAAACCGAUUCGGAGUCUUGAUUCAAGGGUUGCUGGCCAUAGUUGCCUUCAGUACAUUGAUGGUGAAGAGGUUCCGUGAGCCCGUAGGGAUCAGAAGACCAUGGAGGAUCUGGUUUUACGACAUGUCCAAGCAGGCCAUUGGCGCUCUCUUCAUCCACUUCGCCAAUGUGUUCCUCUCCAACCUCACAGAAAUGGACCCCUGUUCCCUGUAUCUGAUCAACUUCUUGCUCGAUGCCACGCUAGGCAUGCUGGUCAUCUGGGCGGGGGUCAAGGUUGUCUCCAGGAUCGUGGAGUACAAGCAGUUCACACUGCUCACCUUUGGAGAAUACGGUGACCCUCCCCAGGCUGCAGCAUGGCUCGGUCAGUGUGGUGUCUACCUUCUCAUCAUGGUCCUGGAGAAGAGUGUAGUCAGCUUGGUCCUGCUCAUUCCUGGAUGGACCAACCUGCAGUCUGUGUUGCUGGACUACAUCCCUAACCCUCAGGUGGACCUUGUGUUGGUCAUGCUCAUCGUGCCCGUCAUUGUCAACGUGAGUCUCAACCAGCCUGCAAUAACACUCUGCAUAAUGUUGUGUAUAUGUCAGAGGAGGCUGCUGGGGGGAGGAUGGCUCAUAAUAAUGGCUGGAAUGGAGUAAAUGGAACCAUGUGUUUG